CGCGCCCAGGACCGGCUGCUGUCAGUCCCUCCGUGUCCGCCGGCUUCAGCCCGUUAGCCGCUUAGCUUCACCACACAGCCAAUGGAUUAACGUCAGAGCUGGGAUGCCAAAAUAAUAAUCAUUUUUUUAAAAAAACGGGAACGGAACACACUUCACCGGGAGACACAGACGGCACGGCUUGAGACAGCAAACAACAUAAAAAGGUGAGGGGCUGAGCGAGCGAGGGAGCGAGUGACAGAAGGACAGAGAGAGAGAGAGAGAGAGAGAGAGAGAGAGAGGCGGGGUCAUGGAGCCGCAGAGACAGAGGACUCUCUCCACAUCAGGAGAAUCGCUGUACGUCGUGCUGGGAGUCGACAAGAACGCCACGCCAGAGGACAUCAAGAAAUGUUACAGGAAACUGGCGUUGAAAUUUCACCCAGACAAGAACCCAGACAACCCAGAGGCAGCCGACAAGUUUAAGGAGAUCAACAACGCCCACUCCAUCCUGACCGACGCCACCAAGAGGAACAUCUACGACAAAUACGGCUCCCUGGGGCUCUACGUCGCCGAGCAGUUUGGAGAGGAGAACGUCAACACCUACUUCGUUCUGUCCAGCUGGUGGGCCAAGGCCUUGUUUCUCUUCUGCUGCGCGGCGACAGGCUGCUACUGCUGCUGCUGCCUGUGCUGCUGCUGUAACUGCUGCUGUGGCAAGUGUAAACCCCGGCCGCCCAUGGACCAGGAGCCAGAGUUUUAUGUCUCCCCAGAAGACCUGGAGGCCCAGAUGACCUCAGAGGAGAGAGACGGUGCAGAGCCCAUCAUGAUGCAGCCGUCCUCAGCAACAGAAACCACCCAGCUCACCUCUGAUGCCCACCAAAGCUACAGGACCGACACAUACUAGACACACACACACACACACACACACACUCAGAGCUCACCCCUGACAGUUAUCACAACAUAAACACAUAUACAUGUCUCUCACCACAGUUACGGGAAAAUGACCUGUAUUAGACACACACACACACACACACACACACACACACAGACAAAUGUUUCCUUUCUACCCCAUCAGUACCAGUAAUUACAGGUCCUUAAAACCACACACACACCAGGAGAUACUAAAGCCGUCUUUACACAGAGCAGCAGGUUGUUAGUUAGCUGAUUAGUUUUGUGUUUUGUGGUAAAGAUGUGAGGAAUAACCAGUUUUUGGAAGGUAACCAUGGUAACCGUCUCAUGCGGCAGCCAGUCUCCGUCACCUGUGUGUGAGGUGGACGUUUGACUCAUGGUGAAACUGUGGCAAACAGUCACCUGUUGUGUACUUCAGGUGAAGGACAACUGCAAAAAUGGAAGUUAUGGAAGUUAGGGAACGCAAUUCUGGCCUUGUUUUGAAACCAUAUCACACAGGAUCAUCCAUAUUGCUGCCAGUGGUUCUUAUGUGUAGCGCAAAGAUGAUCCCACAGUGUAAAAAAUGUCCUGGCACUGCGAUGACAUUCUCCAGCCGGGUGAGCUGUGUAAAGACGGCUUAAACUGCAAACAGAGGGGAAGAGAAGGAACGAGAGAGAGAGGAAAAAAAGAGUGGAGAAAAAAACUACACUGGAUAAUACUCCUAACAUUGGAGAGAGUGGUAAUACUUGACACAGUAUUUAUUUGCUGCUGUAAUUUCAUUCGACAGGUGAGAGUGACUCCGAGUCCCAGCAGAGACAGUCAGGGUUCAUAUCAGAGCUGCUGUGUCUGAGGGAGAGUUUUGCACUGCAUCUCCAUGCACAUGGAAACACGUGCAGGCACAUUAAUUAAGCAAGAAGCUUUUAAUAUAUAUAAUAUAUUAAAAUGUAUACACUGGACUACAAUCAGAAAGUUUACACAUACACACACACAGUUAGGUUUUUUCCCCUCUUGGACAAUCAUGUUCAUAGACAUAGAGGACCCCAAAAUUCAGUGCAGAGAGCCGCCGCUGACAGACAUGACCUGUAGAAACGUUGCUGAUUUUUUUUUUUUUUUUUUUUUUUUUGCAGCGGAAAAUCUUUCCACUCUCUUCUUUUCGGGACUUGAAACUCAGGACAACUGUGUUUCAUGAAAUUUAUCAAAGCAAGAAAUGGAGAAAGCAAUAAUAACGACAAAAAGGGUGCAAUGAAAUACAAAAAAAAAA